AUGACAGAUGAUUUGGAUCUUCUGACAAGUCAACUUCAGGAAGGAUUUCAAGUAGAUCCGAAUGCUUUGGGUGAACAUCCAAGAUAUAGUCAAUUUAAAAAUUUAUCAAAAGCUGCUGAACAACAAGCAAAAAGGAGACAAGAAGUUUUAGAUCGACAUAGGGUGAGGUUGAAUUCUAAGAGAAAAAUCUUUUUUAAAAAUCGAUAUUUCUUUAGGAUGGUCGUUUUGAAAAGCUUAUAAAGCUUCGAAAUUUGGCAUUAGAUGAAGAAGAUUCGUCGGAUGAUGAAAAAGAAGAGAAAUAUGAUAAUAAACAUAAUGAUGAUGGAAGUAGUGUUAUAUCAGAUUAUAGUCAAACGUCAUCAAUGCGAAGUCGAUCGAAAUAUUCGGAUCAAUUAUUGUUGAGCGAAUGGCUUGUUGAUAUUCCAUCGAGUUUGUCGAAUGAAUGGACGAUGGUGGCGGCACCGACUGGGAAGAGGUGUUUGGUGGUUGCUGCAAAGGUUAGAAGCUUCAGGUUCAAAGCACACCACGGCCAAUCCGUGGCUGGCGAGAGUACAAUUUUGAAAAAGUCUUGAUUUCAGUUUGGAGAGGACCAAAACUGACAAAUUCACAGUUUUCAUACUGUAAAAAGUUAGGGUACAAUUUUUUAUUUUGAAACCCACGAUUUUGGCCGAGGUGUGGUUCAAAGUCCAGAAAUUUUUGAAGAUCUGGCCAAAGGGAUCCCCCCCCUUUUUUUUUGAAUUUUCAGCUAUCUAGCUAGAUUUUUGAAAAACGCUACAUUUCGGCAAAAAUUUUCAUUUUUGAGUAGGUUCACGAACGAAAAAAAAAAUUUAAAAAUUUUUUCUUAACAUCGAAAAAUCAAUUCACAAAAAGUCAAAAAAUGUCGAAAAAACAUUGUAGGUCAAAAUUAGUUUUUCAGUCAAAAAUAAUGACAAAUCGAUAUUUUUCAAGCUUCUGGAGUGAUUUCUGAUGAAAAUCAGCUUCGAGAACCAUAUUUUGCUUUAUUUUAUGAAUUUUUUCGAGAUUCAUCAAAAUUUAAAAAAUUUUUAUUUUACGAAAAAUCAACAAAAACUUCUGAAGGUCAAUUUUAAUCAGAAAUUACUCCAGAUUCCAGAAGCUUGAAAAAUAUUGAUUGGUCAUCAUUUUUGGCUGAAAAACUCAGAGAUUCGCCGGCCAGCUCGCCACCAGGUGGGGAGGCUGGCUGACCUGGGAACCACAUGGAAAACAUGUCGCCCGGUUUUUUCGCUGGCAAGGUGGCCAGGCUCUGGCUAGGUCACGGCCACAUGGCUACCACGUGGUGGCCACUUCGCCGCGUCAAAAUGAAUUUUCAUGAAAAUGUCUGAAAAACUUGUGAAUUGAGGCAUUUUCGAAAAAUUUGGCUCAUUUUCUGUUUUUUCGCAGUACUUGAAACCUUAGGAAGUGAAAAAAACAGUUGAAAAUGCAGUUUUUUGAGUACAAACCACCGUCUUGCCAGCUUUCCAGAAUUUCAAAAACACAGGCCACGUCGCCGGAAAACUCAAGGCGAACUGGCGGCCAUGCGGUUUCCAGGUGGCCACAGCGAUCUGGUGGCGAGCUGGCCAGCGAAUCUCUGAGAACUCGAAGAACUAAUUUUGACCUACAAUGUUUUUUCGACAUUUUUUGACUUUUCGUGAAUUGAUCUUUCGAUGUUCAAAAAACAUUUUUAAACAUUUUUUUCGUUCGUGAAUCAGAAUAGUAAAAUUUUGAUUCGAAAAUUCUAAAAACAAAAAAAAAUACGUUUCAAAUUUUUCAUAUAAUUUUUUAUCAAAUAUUUUUUCUCCAUUCAAGUAGGUAUGAAUAAGAACUAAAAUUCUCAAAAUUUAGGUGAAAAUUCAGAAAUUAUCGCCUUUUUGAUCAGAACUCAUGAAUAUUUUAAUUAUUUCCAAUGACUGAUAAAAUAAGUUCGCUCAACUCUGAACCGGGCCAGAAAUUUAUUGAAGAGAAAAAUCAAUUUUUAAAUUUUUUGGAGUUCGAAAAGUCUCCAGGGAUCUCGAAAGCUCACAAUUUGGAAACUAGAAUUUCGACUUUCAAAAACAACGAAUUUCAAUUUUUGCCACGUCAUAACCCAUGUUCCCAGCAAUUUUCGAUAAAUGAUCAGCAGCCCAAAAAUCUAAUCAGGCCCGAUUCAGAAAAAAAGCACAAUAAAAACUUACAGGGCGUCACAACUGCUUACAAUAAAGCUGGUCGAGUAAUUCAACAAUUUCAAUCAAAAUUACCCGGAGGAAAUGAUCGUGGAAAAUGUGAGUUUCCCUAUUUUUCCUUUAUUUUUCAUCCCAAAUCCCAAAUUUCCAGACACAUUCUCAAUUCUCGAUUGUAUUUAUCACGAUAAAGUGUAUUAUGUUCUCGAUAUUUUGUCAUGGAAUGAACGAGAAUAUGCAGACAAUCCAUACGAUUUUCGAAUGUUUUGGCUGAAUUCGAAAUUCGAGGAAAGUCCCGAAUUAUCGAAACCAACGAAAAAUUUCAAGUGAGACUUGAGUUUUUUUUUUUAAUUAAAAAAAAUUUUAAAAAUUAUUUUUUUACUGCAGAUAUACGUUUCAAAAAGCGCCGUCGUGUAAAUGUAGUUUAGAAGAAAUGACAAAAAUGAUGAGUGAGCCUAUGAAGUGAGUUAAAAAAAAAUUUCUGGAAAAUUUAAUAGAGUUGAUUUCAGGUUUCACUUGGAUGGUCUUCUUUUCUAUCAUAAUUCAGUUAUUUAUGAAGCGGGACAAAGUCCAUUAGUUGGCUGGUUGAAACCGUGGAUGUUGCCCGAGAUUUUGAAUGUUCCAGUUUGUGAAUUGUGAGUUUUUGGGCCCAAAUCUGGCCUUAGAAGUGGAAGGGGAAUUUUCAGAUGACAGAUUUUCAAGCCCCGAAAAUUCAUAGAUUCAAAAAAAAUUUCAUUUAAAUAAUUUUUCGUAUAGUUUUUGGAUAAAAACACACCUCAAGCCCAAGCCGUGGCUGGUCAGAGUACAAUUUUUUUUUAAAUCUGAUUUUCAGUUUUUAGAGGUCAAAAAUCGAAAAAUAAUAAUUUUUGAGGAAAAAAAACUGAAAAAUUCAAAAUUUUUGUACUGUAAAAAUUUAGCGUACAAUUUUUUUUGAGGAAACCACGAUUUUUUGGAUAAAAAAUUUGUCAAUUUUUCCUUUUCAUGAAAAAUGAAUUUAAAAAUCUGAAAAUAAUUUUUGAAAUGCAAAAUUGCCACAUAGAAUCUAGAAUCUGAAGAAUAUAUUUUUCUAGAAUUUUUGAGAAUCUUUCAAGUUGAAAAAAAAUUAAUUAAAAAAAAUUUUUUGACAAAAAAUUCUGAUUCAGCAAAUGUCAAGAAAUUAUAUUUUUUUCAUUUUUGUGUGCAAGAAAAUGUCAAAAAAUAGGAAAAAUAUAGUUUUUUGUCAAGAAAAAAAAAAUUUUUUUUUAAUUAUUUUUUUUCAACUUUAAUCACUCCAUAAUAUUUUCAGAUUUUUUUUUCAAAAAAUACUCAAAUUUUUGCAGAUAUCAAGAAAAGGGAAAGAAAUACGAGUCGAGUCGAGAAUAUAUCGAUAAAUUCAACAAAAGACACGGACACAUUUCGAAAAUUGGUGAUAAUUUAGAAGUUGAAACUAUGGAAUAA